AAUCAAUUUUUCAAGAAAAAAGCAUAUUCAAAUAAAUAUUUUUAGACCUUAUUGCGUUAUUUGAGGUCCAUGAAUAGAAAAAAAUGAUACUAAUACAUCUAACCGAAAAUUCGAUAAAUUCUACUAGAAAAUUAUCCAAAAAGAACAGAUAUUUAGAGAAAGAAGCGAGACUUUGGUUUGCAAUAGUCCGGCAGUUAUUGAGGAACUUAGAAUUAACAUCGCAACUUGCGAGAGUUUCGGAAUCAUGCGAAUUCCCGCUCAAGAGUCUUAAGGAAUUCACACUUAUCCGAUUGGAAUUUAAUUAAUGUUUAGUUAAAUUUAAUUUACAAUAAUUAUAUAAAUGAAUUGUGAUGCAACAUUCAUAUUUAUUGCAUUAUCCCAUCAAGCACUCGUUCCAAUUAGAUUUUAGAUUAAUCGGUUUCUAAGGUGCACAACAGUAUUAAACCUCGCCCUAAGUUCUGUUAAUGGCUCUGAUAAGAAAUUGGCAAAAAGCCAACGAACCGGAGAGCAGUCUAAUCUGAGUAGCAGCCAAAACAAAGCGCACAUCUGGUCGGAGACCAAUGCAGCUGACCUAAGGACCUAAACCUGAGACCCAAAGCAGGCUGACGGGCAUUAUCAGAAUAAUAGAAAAGAGAAGCCUAUAAAAGACGCAGUGGGCCUGAACACUGUAUCAUAAGCAGCAAAGAUGUACGACUGGACGGGCAAGAAUGUGAUGUACGCAGGUGGCUUCACCGGCAUUGGAUUCCAGCUGUUGCACCAGCUGAUGCAGCGGCAGAAGCUUAAAAUGCUUGGCAUAGUGCAUCGCAUGGAGAAUGUGGAGAUGAUGAAGAAGCUGCAGGCGGAAAAUCCCAGUGUGAAGGUUAUGUUCAUGCAAGUCAACCUCAUGGACAAAGUGUCCAUUGAGCAGACUAUGAAAAAAAUGGGCCAAGCGAUGGGCAACAUUGAUGUGCUCCUUAACUGCGAGGAUGUGCUGCUGGACAAAGAUGUAGAGACGACCAUUGGCAUCAAUUUGAUGGGCAUGAUUCACAUGACCUUGAAGGCCAUGCCCUAUAUGGACAAGACCCAAAUGGGCCUGGGCGGCAUGGUGGUGAACAUGUCCUCCGUCUAUGGCCUGGAGCCAGCGCCAGCUUUUGCUGUCUACGCAGCAGCCAAGCACGGCGUCAUUGGCUUCACCCGUUCGAUGGGCGACAAGCAUAUCUAUCAGAAGACUGGCAUCAUGUUUAUGGCCAUGUGCCCGGGUCUAACCAACACUGAGAUGAUGAUGAAUCUGCGCGACAAUGUCACCUGGGACCACUCCGAGUCCCUGGUGGAUGCCAUUGAGAGCGCCAAGCGUCAAAUGCCCGAGGAGGUAGCUACCCAAAUUAUCAAGGCCAUCGAUAUGAUGAAGAAUGGCAGCAUGUGGAUCGUGGACAUGGGACAACUGAAGGAAGUUAAUACGCCGAUGCAUUGGCAAAUGUAAAGCGCACGUCAAAGACAAACAAAUAAAUAAAUUCUUUGCCUGAUUCACAUACUUUUGACAACAAGGGGCCUUAAGUUCGAAUUCCAUACGUGGGUUUUUUGUUCCUUCGGGCUUGGGCGUCGAAUUAAUUUCAAGAAAAAGAAGAUAGAACACGAAAUACCCUAGACGAUAUGUGGCUUACUUUUUUUGCGAAAACGUGUGGAGAAUUAUGAAGCUCGGGAAAGUUGAGUUUGGUAGAGAUAUGUUUAAAAACAGAAUAUUUUGCCAUACAAAACAAAUUCUACGUUCGUUUCUUUUUAUAUUUCAUUCCUAUUGUAGCUACAUGAUAUAGUGAUCCGAUGCCAAUUAGAUUCAGCAUAUGUUUGAGGAGCAUAGUGAAACUCAUAUGUGCCAAAAGCACUUGAUAAACAAAGUUUUCCAGACAAGAACCGACUUUGCGACCGAUUUUUCCUAUGACAGUCGGUUACUAGUUUGCAAAGAAACAGACGAACAGACGAACAGACGGACAGACAUGUCUGAGCUCUUGCUGCUGGAAUCACAGAUUGUUAAUGCCUUACACAUUUUGAAACGAAACUAUGAUUCCUUCUUCCAAGGUAUACAAUUAAUAAUUGAAUAAAAAUUUAUGUAAGAACUCACGUGGGUAUGCAUCGCCUCCAAUUUAUGCUCUAUUUUAGGUAUUCAAAUGCAUAUAUAACAUUGGCCAUAACUGUUAAGGCAUAAAAAUAAAAAUGACAAUUGAAUACGU